GAGAAACCCUUGCCUCGCCUCACUGCUUGAAGCCAUUUGAGUUGCACAGACAGAGAGAGUGAGAGAGAGAGAAGAUGAAGUAUAAUCCUAGGGUUUCGAGCUCCCGGCGGAAGAACAGGAAGGCUCACUUCACGGCGCCGUCGAGCGUCCGCCGUGUCCUGAUGAGUUCGCCGCUCUCUUCGGAACUCCGGUCCAAGUACAACGUCCGGUCGAUGCCGGUUCGCAAGGACGACGAGGUUCAGGUCGUCAGAGGAACCUUCAAGGGCCGCGAGGGCAAGGUGGUGCAGGUGUACCGCAAGAAGUGGGUGAUCCACAUCGAGCGCAUCACUCGAGAGAAGGUUAAUGGCUCCACCGUCAAUGUCGGAAUCAACCCUUCCAAGGUCCUCAUCACCAAGCUCCGCCUCGAUAAGGACCGCAAGAGCCUCCUCGAUCGAAAGGCCAAGGGUCGCGCCGCCGCCGAUAAGGACAAGGGCACUAAGUUCACCGCUGAGGACAUCAUGCAGAGCGUCGAUUGAUGAGACCUAUUGAUAUUUUGUUUUUACUAUGGAUUUCUUCCUGUUUUUGAUGGAUUUUGAGAUGAGCAUUGAAUCACUGACUUGGAAAUUAGGGUUUUGUAUGACUUUUUUGAAAAAUUAUUAAUUGGCAUUUUAAUUUUGUCCUCCUUAAAUCAUUCA